ACAGCUGAAUCUAUCUGGGAAUGUGCAGUUCCCACCCCAGCUGCAGCAUCCCCACUGCAGAGCAGAGCAGUGUCAGCACCAAUUCCCAUCAAGCUCUCUGUGCCCCCACACCCAGUGGGCUGUGCUGGAGGAGGAGGAAGAGGAGGAGGGAUUGGGGCACUCAUCAGCAUCCUGAGCCCUGGCUGUGUGGUGUCAUGACUCUCUCACAUGUCAUGACUCUCUCCCCCUCUGUAACAGGGGCAGGCAAAUCCUCUCAAGGAUGAGUGCUGCAUCCCAAGGAGGAGGAGGCAAACCCCUGACACAAAAGGUUUGGUUAGAGCUCGGUGUUAAUAGUGCCAAGGUCAUGGGAUCAAUCCCCACAUGGGUCAUUCACUUAAGAGUUGGCCUCAAUGAUCCUUUUGGGUCUCUUCCAGCUCAGAGUAUUUUAUGAUUCUAUCUCCUGUCCUGAGCUUACAGCCACAAGAAAAGCAAAACACCUGGAAAACCUCAUCCCUGCAGGAUGCAAAUCCCAUUAAAACUGGUGCUGGGAACGCGCCGGGCAAUAAUUGAGCUGCAAACCCUUCUCCUUCUCCCCGGAGGCUGACAGUGGGUUUCCCAGUGGCUGCCCACUCCCAGCAGCUGCUGCACAGCUCCUGGAUGCUGGGAAAUGCAGCCCUCCCAGAGGAGCUGGCUCUGGCUGUCAGAGCCUGGGUCAAUAUAUGAUAAUGGGGCUUUGAAACGGCGCUGCUGCCCAGGACUCUGAUUCACAGCUCCCCUCUGGUGCUUUCUCCCGCAGCCUGGAGGGGAAGGAGAAUAAAAUAAAUAAGAGUAGAAGGGAAGGGGAAGAAGGGAGCUUAAAUUAUAUAUGAGUACUAAGUUUCCAGAGCCCCUGUGAGCAGCUCAGACAAGUGGUGUGGGGGUCAGAGCUCCCCUGUGCAUCCCACUUUUGCAAAUACUGCCCUGUGGGGUGUGGGUCAGGGUUUGCCCAGGGGCAUGGCACCGUGCCAGGCUGCCUCUCUCCCUAUUUGCUGCCACCCUCCUGCCCUCAUGGGUCAGAUCUGGAGGGUGCCGUGGUCCCCAGAGGGAUUCCCCUGGCACAGACUAUAAUUAGCAUUAGCUGAGAGCUGCUAAUGAGGUCUGGUGAUGAUCUGGUUUGCUACCCCAUGGAGAUGCCUCCACAGCAAUGUGCCCUCACUCGGGUCCAGGGGACUGGGCUGGCCCAGGGCAGCAGGCAGGGAUGGGACCCCCCAAUGCAGGGUCCUGGUGGGGAGAGUUGGGGUGUCACAGACCCACAGCCCAGGCAGGCUGGUGUAAGUGGGAGAGCAGUCAAUGCCCCCAUAAAUCAGUGUGGGGAGAAGCUGCUUCAAAGUGAAUCUGUUUCAAAGUCCUUGGGGCAGCAAAAACAGUGGUGACCCUUAUCAAUUGAAGGAAAAAGCCUCAUGUGAGGUAUGCACCACCACAAGCUCAUUCACAGGUCGAGGAAAUGGAGGAGCUCAGCUAUGCCCACGCAGCUGAAGAUGCAAAUUCCCAAUCCACGAAAUGGAGAUGCAAAAUCCAAAGCAAUGGGGAUGUUUUGGGGAUGGAGCACUGGAUGGUCCCAUUCCCACAGCCUGAGCACUAGGAUGUCCUGCGGGGAUCCCAAACUCCACAGCUCUGCCUCUCACACGAAUACUUCGACAUUCCCAGCAGCUUCCACAAGAUGGACCUCGGAGCCAGAGGAGGUGCCGGGCAGGGGGACCCGUCCCAUCCCAUCCCAUCCAUCCCACCCCGUCCCGUCCCAUCCCGUCCCGGGCGAGGACGAGCAGGUGGCCUUCUGCAGCGACGAGUUCAGCGACAUCUCCCCGCUGAGCGGCGGCAACGUGGCCUUCUCCACUCUGGAGGGACGGCCCAGCGCCUACAAUUUUGAUGGGAGCCCCGCGCUGCAGGAGUGGGUGACAGUCACUGACCUGCUCAUCUCCUUGAACCGGCUCAACACAUUUGGGGAUGACAUCUUCAAGGACCCCAAGGUGUUGCAGUCCUACUACUACGCCAUAUCUGACUUCUCUGUUGGUGGCAGGUGCAAAUGCAAUGGCCACGCCAGCGAGUGCUUGCCGGACAAGGCCGGGCAGCUGGUGUGUGUGUGCCAGCACCACACGGCUGGCACCGACUGUGAGCGCUGCCAGCCCUUCUACCAGGACCGGCCCUGGGCACGCGGCACGGCCGAGGCUGCCAACGAGUGCCUCCCUUGCAACUGUAGCGGCCGCUCCGAGGAGUGUUUCUACGACCGGGAGCUGUUCCGGCGCAGCGGGCGCGGGGGACACUGCCUCAACUGCCGCGACAACACGGCCGGGCCCCACUGCGAGAGCUGCAGGCAGAACUACUACCGCUGGGAGCCGCAGGGAGCCUGCCAGCCCUGCCACUGCCACCCCGCAGGGUCCCUGCAGCCCCAGUGCGACAGCUCGGGGACCUGCGUCUGCAAAGCCAACGUGACGGGCUGGAAGUGUGAGCGCUGCAAGGACGGCUACCACAGCCUCAGCGAGGGCGGCUGCAGACCCUGCAGCUGUGACCCCGCGGGCAGUGUGGGCACCUGUGACCCCAACACGGGACGCUGCACCUGCAAGGAGAGGGUGGAGGGACACCUGUGCAACAGGUGCCAACCAGGCUGGUUUAACCUGCAGCCCCAUAACCCCAUUGGCUGCACCAGCUGCUUCUGUUAUGGUCACUCCAGCGCCUGCAGGGCGGCAGACGGAUACGAGGAGACCCAGAUCCGCUCCGACUUCAGCCAAGGGCUGGAGGGCUGGGCUGCCACAGCUCCAGGCACCACAGAGCUGCCUCUGCGCUGGGCUGGCCGGGAGAUCAUCGCCGAGUGGCGUGGAGAGGAGCCAGUGGAUUUCCUUGCACCAGAGAAGUUUCUGCAGAACCAGCGCUUCAGUUAUGGGCAGCUCCUGUCCCUGCUGCUGGGAGUGGAGAACGGGACAAGAACAGAACCUGGGGUGCCCCUGCUCCAGGUCCAGCUGCUGCUGGAGGGUGAGGGGAUGAAGAUCACCAUGUCCAGCAGCAAGAGCCAGCUCCAGCAUGGAAAGCAGGCUGUCACCUUCAGGCUCCACGAGGCAGAGGAGGGUGCAGAGCCUUUGCUGUCAGCCUUCAGCUUCCAGCGCCUGCUCUCCAACCUGAGCUCCCUCCGUCUCCGCGUGAGCCACGGCCCCGGGAGAGGCAGGCUGUCCCUGAGCCAGGUCCAGCUCACAUCUGCUCACCCCGGGCCGGGCCCACGCGCGGGCUGGGUGGAGGAGUGCACGUGUCCCACGGGAUACAGCGGGCAGUUCUGCCAGUCCUGUGCACCUGGAUUCAAGAGGGAGAUCCCAUUUGGCGGCCCCUUCGUCAGCUGCGUGCCCUGCACCUGCAACCAGCACGGGGACUGCCACCCCCUCACAGGGCACUGCCAGUGCUCACACAACACAGAGGGUCCCUCCUGCGAGCGCUGCAGCCCCGGCUUUUACGGCAACCCCUUCGUGGGGCGCUCUGAUGACUGCAAGCCCUGCCCCUGUCCCGGCCGCUCGCCCUGCACCGAGGUGCCCAGCACUGGGGAGGUGGUGUGCACCCACUGCCCCCCGGGGCAGAGAGGAAAGCGCUGUGAGCUCUGUGAUGAUGGGUUUUUCGGGGACCCCCUGGGGCAGAGAGGCCCCGUGCACCCCUGUGAGCCCUGCCAGUGCCACGGGAACGUGGAUCCCAAUGCCGUGGGGAACUGCGACCCCGUGUCCGGCCGAUGCCUGCGCUGCCUCCACAACACAAUGGGCGAGCACUGCGAGAGGUGCCGGCCGGGCUUCUAUGGGGAUGCGCUGGCUCCCAGCCCUGCUGGGAAGUGUGCUCCUUGUGAUUGCAACCCCAGUGGCUCAGACCCGAGGCUGGAGGGUUGUGAUCCUGUCACAGGCCAGUGCCACUGCCUCCCACACGUGACAGGCAGAGCCUGUGGGCAGUGCCAGCCUGGCUACUACGGCCUGGAGCCCACCGUGGGGUGCAGGAGCUGUGAGUGCCACCCAACAGGGUCACGGGACAGCGGGUGCCACGCGCUGACGGGGCAGUGCUCCUGCCAACCUGGUGUCACAGGCAGGAGAUGUGAUCGAUGCCAGCACGGCUUCUUCGGCUUCUCUGCCAGGGGCUGCCGAGCCUGCAACUGCUCCCCGCUGGGCUCCAUCACCCCGCAGUGCCACGAGAACAGCACCUGCCUGUGCCACCCUGGCUUCGUGGGCUACAAAUGUGACCGCUGCCAGGCCAACUUCUUCCUGGAGCCGCUGAGCUCCCGCUGCCAGCAGUGCCCUGCCUGCUACGGGCUGGUGAAGGACGAGGCUGACCGCCUGAAGGCCAGGCUGCAGGAGAUGGAGGAGUGGCUGCAGAAGCCAGGCUGUGACACCCACCCGGGCCAGGCUGCCAUGCUGGGAGAUGCACCCCGUGGAGAUGGGCUGCCCAGCCCACACCUCCUCAGAGGUGCCUGGGCCACCCUCCUGGUGCAGGUGGGGCAGCUGGCAGGGGCACUGAACAUUGCACAAGGCCGUCUCAGCAAUGCCAGCCAGGCCACCAGCUGCUCCCAUCACGGACCCCCCAAGACCUGCACGCUGCUCUCGGAGAUCAGGGUCGUGCUGCAGUCGGCUGAGCAGGAGAUCCUGCAUGCUGCUGACACCCUGGCUACCACGGAAAUUCCCCAGGAAAUCCCACAGCAGCCCACAAACUGGAGCCACUGGGCACUGGAGGCUCAGGCUCUGUCCAAGAGCCACAAGGACUCCACGGCACAGGUGGAGGCUGUGGUCAGGAGAGCACUGCAUGCCUCCAAAGCCAGCUCCGAGCUCCUGAGGAACCUGCUGGAGAGGAACAGCACACAGGACGUGCAGCACGAGCUGGAGGCUGGGUACGAGGAAAUCCAGCGGGCACAGGAGGAGCUGAGUGCUGGCAUGGCAGAGGUGGCAGCGGAGGCCAGGAGAGCUCUGGCAGCUGUGGAACAGGCACAGGCUGACCUGGCUGAGAGACUCUUGCAGGUGGCUGCUCUGGGGCAGCAGGUGCUGCCAAUGCAGGCUGCCGACCUGGCACAGGAGCUGGCAGUGCUGGAGCAGGCAGCAGCAGCCCAGGAGCCCCUGGCUCAGCAGGCUGUGGAGGCAUCCCAUGCACUGACAGCUGGAUUGCACCUGGAGCUGCAGAGGACUCGUGGCUUCAAGCAGCUCCAGGACCAGGCUGGCUCUGCCCAUGACAUGGCCACCAUGGCUGUCUCCCGAGGAAAAGCUGUUCUCUCUGAUGCUGAGUCCCUCCUGGCCAGCUUGGAAGGCAUGAAGAAGGUGCUGGGGCAUCGGAAGAGUCAGGCUGCCCUGAGGAGGAGGAUGGCCACUGUACGGGACAGAGUGGUGGUGGAUGCUCAGAGGAAGAUUAAACAGGCAGAGAAGACACUGGGAAACUCCCUGUCCAUCUCCACCACAGCCCAGAGGACAGCUGGGGAGGCUGAGAAACUCUCUGAGGAGAGUGCCAAGAGGGCACGGGCUGUGCUGCAGGAGAGCAAACAGGCCCUGAAACACGCCAGCCAGCUCGCCAUGCGUGCCAAUGAGACCCAGUGGGAGCUCUCCCGGCAGGAGCACAUGGCUGAGAAGCUCAGAGGAGACCUGGAGGAAGCACAGCAGGUGGGGUCAGAGGUGAGUGAGAUGGCAAAAAGUCUCCAGGACGCACGGAGCUCCCUCAUGUCGGACAUCGAGACCCUGAACACCCUGCUGAACAGCCUAGGUGAGCUGGAGCAGGACACGGAGGUGGAGGCGGUGCUGAGCGCUGGGAGGCUGCAGCUGGAGCAGCUGUGGCGGCGCCUGGCCACACCAGGUCCCCUGGCCAGACAGCUCAGGCGGCUGCAGCAGGAGGCAGCACGGCAGCAGGAGCAGAUCCAGGCGUUUGAGAGCGACUUGGCUGAGAUCCGGGCCGACAAGCAGAACUUGGAGGACAUUUUGAGGAGCCUCCCUGAGAGCUGCUCCAAGUGACAGGUGGCUGGCUGCUGCCACAUGUCCUCCGUGCCCACCCUGCACAGGGAAUGGCAGAGGGAAGGACACUCUGCAUUCACCAGCACCAGUCCCUCCCACUGCACUGUCCUCCUACAGUAUCACACCCCAGGUCCUUCUCCACACCCAUUCAGGCUCUGCACCUCAAGCACGCUGCAGCACGACUCCAGCCACCACCUCUGUCCUUGGGAUGGGGGGACAACCACCCACAGGGGCACUGAUGUUUCUGUGCAGGAUAUGGAGCCAUUCCAGGGUUGGUCUCCCACUGCAGAGUGAACAAAGAAUCCUCACAGAUCUCCUCCAUCCCUCCUUUCCCAUCGCAGGGACAGCUUACCAAGUAUGCAAUGUACCCAAGCUGUACUGCCUGGCACUCCCUCCUGCCCCAGGAGAAGAGAGAGGCUCUCACACAUGCUGGAAGCUGGUCCUGCUGCACAGCACCCUGCAGUGCUGUGGUCACAGAGGUGCAGAGAGGAAUCCUGGUGAAGCCAGGCAGAGAGCUGCUCGCCGGAGGGCACACAGCUUGCCUGCCUCCCAAGGGAAGGGAGCUCACAGCAGGGAGGGCUCAAUUAAUGAGCAGAAACAAAGCAAAGAUGGAUCCUCACCAGCUCCUGGAAGGCAGGUGGGACAUCCUCAGCCUGCUUCAGUAUGAGAGGAGCUCAGAUCUUGCUGUUCCCUUGCUCCAGGGUAAGACAAGGCCGCAGCCAGCUCUGCUUGGCUCACUGAAUGUCACCAGGCAUGGCUACAAAACAGCCAAUUGCCACCAAGUCCCAGAGAUGCAGCCAAGGGAGGUGCCAGAGCAGCAGCACCCACAGCCCCACCAGAGAGGAGCUGGCUGAUGGCAGCAGGCUGUGCAGCCAGGGUGGACUGGAUGGGGAACAGCUGGACACCGCUCCUGCCUGUGUCACUCCCACGGGGUGGCAGAGGUCAGGGGCUGUAUUGCCUUUAAAGGAAAGGCAUUUCUGAUCCUCUGUGCUCCUGUGUGGGCUGGGCUGCAGGACAAGCCAGGUCCUGGCUCAGCCCACCUUGUGCUGGCUGUGUGGUGACUCCAGGUAGCUGAAGUCAUUCCCAUGGGACCAGAAACGAGUCCCCAGGCUGGAGCUUGCUUCAUUUUUUAACCGGUUUUACCUAUGGUUUUUUUCUGCUCACAGUGCUGCAAAUCAGGUUUGCUAAAGUCUUGUGUAAUUUAUGUAAAAUUGCUGCCAUCGAUGUUGAAUUCCCCCAGCAACAUCUCUGGUGGGUCCAGUGGCCUGGAAGGAACACAGGAUUCUCCUGCUGAGAACAAAGCCACCGCCCUUCUAAUUCUGCACAAAAGCUGCCUGAGGAGUGGGGUGCCAGAGCUGCAGUGCUGUGGGGGUGUGAUGGCAGGGGCUCCCCUGCUGCUGCCCAAGGACAGCUCUGGGAAAGCAAAACCAUGGAACAGCGAGAGCACAGCGUGAUCUGGCUUGGCCAGAGGCAGGGGGCCAUGGCCACUCACUUUCUCUCUGGGAGGACAAUUAUACUUCUCCAGUGAACACACAAAUUUGCUGCUCUUACAGAAAUGUCAAGCCUCUGCUGUGUGCCUGCUGCCGAAGCUGUGGUUCACGCUGCCUCCUGCUCUCCCUGGAACUCUGUGUUUUUCGCUGGUGCCACCUGCCUAGAGCUGUAUCCAUUAAAAAUUCUUAAUAUAACACA